GCGGCCUGUCUUGCGGCUCCGCCUAAGCUAGGAGGGCUGGUCUGCGCCCUUUGCCAACUGGGGUCACCCCAGGACCUUACUCAAGUGAUGCCCCGCUAUUGCGCUGCGAUAUGCUGUAAGAAUCGCAGGGGACGGAACAAUAAAGGCCGGAAGUUGAGCUUUUACCCGUUUCCUCUUCAUGACAAAGAAAGACUUGAAAAGUGGUUAAAGAAUAUGAAACGGGAGUCUUGGGUUCCCAGUAAAUACCAGUUCCUGUGUAGUGACCAUUUUACUCCUGACUCUCUUGACAUCAGAUGGGGUAUCCGUUAUUUAAAACAAACUGCAAUUCCAACAAUAUUUUCUUUGCCUGAAGACUAUCAGGGAAAAGAAUCUUGUAAAAAAAAAUCUCAGAAGAAAAAAUUGGAAGAUGAGAAAGAAAUGUGUCUAAAAGCCAAGCUCGAAGAAUCAUUUGUAUCAAAUGAAGCAAAGAAAAAUACAGUUAAAAUAGAUAUACUCCCUGAAAACACAGACUUACUUGAUUUGCCUGCCAUACUGAAGCCACCAGCUCCUAAAAUAGCAAGUAUGCAAACUAACAUAUUAACUCUUAAUCUAGUUAAACAAGAUGCUGAAAAGACAAAUUCUGUCUUAGAAGCAGUGAUUAACCAAGAUUUAGGUGUAAGUGAUUUUCACACAUCUUAUGAGAAUCUAAAUUCUACAACUAUUACUUUAACAACUUCAAAUUCAGAAGGUAUUCACCAUCAAUCUUUGGAAACCCAAGAAAUUCUCGAAAUAGCUACCAGUCAUCUUGCUAAUCCUAAUUCAAUUGAAAUUAAGUCAGUACAGGAAAAUGAAUUCUUAAUCAGCACUGUUGAAGAUUUAAGCACAAAUAAAGAAUCUGUUAUUGCCAUUUUUGUACCCACAAACAAUUUUAAACCUGCAGUUAAUUCAUCUGUUCUAGCACAAAAUGAAACCGUAGGAAUGGAAGACAUAGACAUUGAAGACUCCUCAUAUAAGAAUAUAGAGCAUAGUGUAGAUAUUUUACAAACGGAACACUCUUACUGCAGACAAGACAUAAAUAAGGAACAUCUUUGGCAAAAAAUCUCUAAGCUGCAUUCAAAGAUAACUCUUCUUGAGCUACAAGAGCAACAAACUCUAGGAAGAUGGAAGUCUUUGGAAGCCCUUAUAAGCCAGCUAAAACAGGAAAACUGUCUAUCUGAAGAAAACAUCAACAUUAUAGAAAAUCACUUCACCACAUAUGAAGUUACUAUGAUAUAGAGUAAAGUUUUAAGGCUGUAUUAGCUUUUUCUAGCUAAACCAAAUUAUGCAUAAAGUGAUCUUUCUCCUACAGAUAGUGUUUGUCUUAAUGAAGCUAUGAAAGUUGUUAUGAACUGCAUUCUGUUUCUGUAAUACCUGCAGUAAGAGAAAAAUUGGAGAGUUCCAAAUUACAGUAAAAUUACAGUGAGUAAAUACAGUAAGUUUAGUUAUAAAGUGAGAGAACAAAGAGAAAGCCCCAAAUAGAUCCCAGUUCCACCACUAGCAUAUGAAUUAGGCAAACAACUGUUAAGAUUGCACCUCAAGGACUGGUAAUGGAGACCAGUUGUACAGUAGUUGCUUAGCUUUAUACAGAGCUGUGGGUAGACAUUAAGCUUCAUUCCCUUAUUUGUAAUUUGUAAAAUAAGGGCACUUAGUAGACCACAUUAGUCUGUGUAUAGUUCCUUCUCUUCCUAUUAAGAUACUUUUAUUAAAACAUUUUCUAUAAGAAUAUAUAGAAGAUGGUUAGAAUUUGACAACUAUUGGAAUAUCCUCAAUAUGCAUAUGCUUUUAUUAUUUAAUCAUUUUUCUAGUUACAUAUCUAUAAGGUAAAGAAAAAUACUAUUAUAAUUUUAUUGCAGUUGAACUCAGCUCUGAGGAGAGUACUUUUGAGAAAAUAAAUAUUUCAAUACUCCCUAUAGAGUUGGCCAUUAAAAUAUAGGCAUUUGAGUUUCUCAGCAUCCUGUAUUUAUAAAGUAAUAUUUGUACCAAUUUUAAAUAUAUGUAUGUCUAUUUUAGAAAUCAUAGUUUGUGUAUAUUUCAUAAUAGGUAUGCUGCUUUUUUUUUUU